AUGGCCAAAAGCAAUCAUUCAUCAGUGACUGAGUUCAUCCUCUUAGGACUCACAGAUAAGCCACAGCUUCAAGCCAUUCUUUUUGGUGUCUUCCUAGUGAUUUACUUAGUUACUGCCCUGGGGAAUCUUGGUUUGAUUGUGCUAAUUCAAAUCAGUCCUUCCCUUCAAACACCCAUGUAUUUUUUCCUCUGCCAUUUGGCUUUUGUUGAUUUUUAUGGUACCUCCUCCAUUACCCCAAAUACCCUGGUGAACUUUUUGCGUGAAAUUAAAAGUAUGCACUUUUAUGCUUGUGCUACUCAGGUAUGUUGCUUUAUUAUGUUUUCAGUUUGGGAAUUAUUCCUGCUUUCUGUCAUGGCAUAUGAUAGAUAUGUGGCAAUCUGCAAUCCAUUGCUCUACGUAGUUCUCAUGCCUAGGAAACUCUGUAUUCAAAUGGUCUCCAGCAUAUAUAUCUAUGGAAUCACUGUGGGUGUGGUACAGGUAGUGGCUACAUUCCACAUGUCUUUCUGUGAUUCUAACAUGGUCAAUCAGUUCUACUGUGAUGAUGUCCCCUUGAUAGCCCUGGCUUGUUCAGACACACACGUCAAGGAGCUGAUGCUAUUAAUCAUUGCUGGAUUCAAUAUGCUCUUCUCUCUUAUCAUUGUUCUCAUCUCCUAUGUGUUUAUUCUCUUUGCCAUUCUGAAGAUUCACUCUGCUGAAGGAAGACAUAAAGCUUUUUCUACCUGUGCCUCUCACUUAUUUUCAAUUACAAUAUACUAUGGGACUUUAAUUUUUAUGUAUCUACAGCCCAAGUCAAGCCAUUCACUGGACAAAGACAAAUUUGCUUCAGUGUUUUAUGCUGUGGUAAUUCCCUUGCUCAACCCAUUGAUCUACAGUUUGAGGAAUCAGGAAGUAAAAAAUUCCUUGAAAAGGAUUAUUGAAAAGCUGUAUCAUAAUAAUUAG